GCCGAUGCGGUGUUGUAACCAGCGUCCGGGUCUGAAUCUGUAGACUGAGGAAGCCUACGUGUGGGAUGGGUCUUCCGCGGUCAAGAAACUUAAGUGACCAGCUGGGUUCUGUGGCAGGGGCUUAGGUGUUUUGUAGCUAUUGAAAGGCAUUGACAGCGCGGAUAUUAAACUUUGUAAUUACUUUCUAUUAGCACACGAAUCUGCUUCCCUCCGGAGGUGCGCGGACCUCCACAACCACCCGCAAGAUGUGCCUGAAGGACUUGGUUAGGGCUAGAGGGAAACUGUUGUCUGUCUGAGUGCUCGGAGCCCCUGAAAAUGCAAGACGAGACUGUGAAAGGGACCGCCAGGGUCGUUGGCUGUUUAUUUAAGCUCCUGUGUUUAAGUGAUGAAGUUGUGACAGGAACUGACAACAGAGGAUUCAAGGUUAAACCUGACACUUUGUUUCUGACUCAGUCUGGGAUAGAUUUUUUUCCCCCCUUAAUAAGAAGGGGGUAAAUGCAUCUGUUUUGCUGGGUGUGCGUGGGGGGAGGGGGUCGACAAUUACCAACAUGUAGUUUAUGGGAUAGUUCUACUCUGUCCUGUAGGGUCUCCAUAAAUCAGAAUCAACUCGACGGCAAUGGGUUGGUUUGGAUUUUUAGUUUAUAUUAUGUGCGGACUAAAUAUAAUUCAAUUUACUAUUUUCUUGUAAUUCUUAUUUGACAUGAAUGAGAGCUUAUUGAGAGUACCAGAUAGAGACUUGUGUACAGAAUUUGGGACUAUUUUAAUCUUUGAAACCAUAAAAACAUUGAGAUACGUAGUUAUACAUGUGUAUGUGCACACACACAUAUAUAGUUGAUAGGUGAGUGAGAUAGUAGUAUAUAAAGGGCAAACUGCCUUGAACUUCCCCUUGGUCAUGGAGAUUGAUCUUCUGAGCACUGGGGUAAAUGGUGAGAAUGUGUGUGUGGUGUGUAAGCAAGCAUACCUGGAUCUGCCUAUCUGUCUAGGUCAGUGUAUGUCCGUGAACUUUACAAGCAUUCACUCUGUACCAUUCGGUGCAGAUUCCUUGUUCCUGGUUUACAGCCCAGCAGCCGCCAGCCGUCCCAUCUGUUAAAACAUAACUUGUCCACUUCAGUCGGGGCACUGGGGUGGAGCGUGGGUAGGGGGGCAACCCUCAGCAGAAACAACAUGCUACAAACAAAGCCCAGUCUCAAGUUCUAUUUUCAUUCAUUAUUAGGGCUGAACUUGUGAUUUUGGUGAGGGGGUAGAGGGAGUGUUGUCUCUUCAGAAAUGUCAAGCUGCAUUUUGUGAAAUAAUUAAAGCCACACUUUGGGGAGUGAGGACCUUAUAGGAGGAAAAAAAAACCCCUAGAAAAGAAAUGUGGUGCUUGUCACAUCACCAUGCAGCACUGGUUUACUGCUUUGCAGUAGCAUGUAUAUCAGAAACUGUUUUUCUUUUGCUUUUAAAGAGAAUACAUUAAAACUGAAUUGUUUUGCACCAAAAAAAGAAAAAAAAAAAACCUUAAUAGAAGUAAACAGAGCUUUCUUGCAGAGGCUAUUUAGUUUACUAGAGUUAGGACUGCCUUAGUAAUUCCAAUGAAACAUGUUUUUAGGAAUUUAUAACUUGGAUAUAAAUUCAUAUUCAGACUAACCACUAGUUGCAGUGAUUCAGAAUUUAUAGUUUAAAAAAAAAUAAUAAAAACCUUUAUCACAAAAAUUCUCAUGACUAAAAGGGCAUGGGAAGGGUAUGCCAACUUAAUAAGUUCCUGUAUCCAAGUGACAGAUACUUUAAAACACUAUAAAUCCUUUUGAUAGCAUAAUUAUUUUAGGUGACAAAAUAAAGGCAAUAUUUUGGAGAAGCAGAGUUGAUAUUUUCCCUGUAAUUUUAUAAUUACAUUUUAGUAACAGUGUUAAUUAUAUCUGGGCAGAAUAAACUAGAAUGGUUUUUAAGAACUCAUCACAAGAAAUACUGCUUUCAUUUUUAAGGCAUUUUGGGGAAAAUAUGCAAAGCCUUAAUCUGUGAAUGUCUUUAAAUUUCUGAUGGGCUGUAUAGAUUCAGUAAUGCUCCCACCUUAGUCUGGGUUAUCAGAAUCAACUGGGUUACUCCUUAGAAUUUGGUUCUUGGAGUGUUCUCCAGUCCUAGGGAUUCUAAUUCAGGAGUCUGGAGAGGUAUUUAGGAAUCUGCAUUUUUAACAAGCACCCCCAGGUGAUUCUGAUGCCAGUGGUCUCCCUUGCCAUAGUUUGAGAAACACGGGAAUGAUGUUUAUGAGAUAAAAGAAGAAUUAUAGUCCAUCAGUUAAUUUAACAUAUGUCAGAAAUUUCCAGGUGGUAUUUAUCAGCCUUAUGAAAUUUAUAGAUAAUGCAGUAAGUCUCUCUGCCCUCAACAAUGGGCAUCUUUUGUCCUGUGUUUGAAAGUGUUUUAGAAUCCUCAGCUGUACCUGUUCCAGGUUGACCCCAAUUCUAAGGAAAUCUGCCUGGGGAAGCAAGGUAAUUCUCAACCCCUCCCCAGUCUUAGGCCCUCCAUCUCCUACUCCAAGGCCAGUGGGUUUUGGGGAUGCUCUGGGAUGCCUUGCCAGACCUAACUCAUAGUUGUUGGGCAUUUUUCCCUGGAGGUAGAAGGAUGCUAAACCUUGGGAGGCACCUUUGUCUCUUUAAAAGCUGUCCCCAGCUUGAGGGCUAGUACCAAAGUGCAUACCUCGCACCUCAGCUGGGCUAGUACAGAUAUACAAGGAUCUCCGUGGGAAACUGAUCUGGCCUGCCUCUCAGCCAGGUGAAUGUCCCAGGCUACCCACCCAGAGGCCCAGAGAUAUCUCAUUUUCUGAAAGUCACCUUAGUAGUAUUUUGAGCUGUCCAGUUAAUUGAGUAGAUAAAUUUUCUCAGCAUCACAGAAAUAUGUUGAGAAUUGAUUGCUACCUUUCUUUUCACUGAAAUCAGUGUGAAUUUUGACUUAUUAAUUAUUGCCAGUUAAUUUGUUUUAUUUAUAAUUUGAUACCGACAUUUGGGUUCUAUCCUCCCAUUUUAAACUGGCAUAAUUCUCAAUUUAAGACUUCUAGAUAAGGCUUAAAAGAGAAAGGGUCUAUCAGAAGUUUUCCUUCCCUCUUUCUACCAUUCAACUACCUAAAAAACCAAAUGACUUCUCCACAGAGGUCACAAGUACCCGGAAUAUUUACUUCUUGGUGACAAAAGGACAUGGAUAGGUUGGGGCACUGAACCUGGAUUUUUCCAGACCAUUGGCUCAUCACUGGGACUUUACAGAGCAAUUUCUGUUUUAAGAAGCACUUGGCAGCUAUGUUUAUAGGUCGCUUAUCUUAACAAUCCUUUGAGUACAAUGAUUUUUUUUAACUUUGUUGCAGAGGAGCCCACAGCAGCCACAAAAGGAUAAUAAUAUUGAGAUCCUGUCUUUCAUAGUCAAAGAUGACACCAAUAACCGAGAAGCGUCCUUGCAUUUUUAAUUGUUUGUAAUUUAGCAUUGUGGUGAUAUGAUAGGAUUCUGCUUAGUCAUUCAUAUCAUCUACAUUUUUUUUUUUACCUGUUUCUUCAAAAAUGUUUUUAUAUUGAAUGUGACCUUGGAACAGUUUUCUUUAUAAAGUUAACCACUGUGUAGGAUAAUUGGUUCAAUGACCAUGACCUUAACCAGCCAGCCUUGACCCAGAGAGGCAAAUUAUUUGCUAAAGGUCACAGAGCACCAGGGCUGCAAAGACAACACAUAGAAGUCUUUGGACCUGUAUUUUAGAUCUGUGCUGUUUGCCUGUUGAGUCAUGUUAUGCUGUUAAUGAUGUUUUCACUCUGACAGAAGACAGUUGCUUAUGUUUCAUUUCCCAGCAUUUGCAUGAUUGGAAGAAUUUUGAAAAAUUAAAAAGCCUAAGGUAUAUCACAUCCCCUGAUCAAUGGGACCAAUUUCUGUCCAGUUUAAAAACUGCAGUAUAAUGCUGCUUUUCUUGAAACUAGACCAUAGGUCAUUGCAAGCUUCUAAGCAACAAUUCUUACUUUCUUUUUGGCCAUGGCAUGCUUUUGGCAUCCAACUUUCAUUUGACAAAUUCUUUUCAAGUUUUUGAUGCUUCUUUCUUUACCCUUACCCCCACAGUCAAAUCUACUUACAAAAAAUUCAUGUUUCAAGUCAAUCCACCCUCUUAACGUCCUAAUUCUUAGGUUUUGACCAUUUUUACUAUUUCUCGUCCACAAUGGCCCCUCAAGCUCUUACCUCAUCUUAAUUUUUGGGUGCUAGUAACAUCCUCUGAGCUGGAAAAAGUCAUUGAGCUAUAGAAAUUGUACUCUAGCUUCAGCUUUGUGGGUUUAACUAUGACACUAGUAAGAAAAAAGGAGGAGGAGGCUGCUAUUAAAGUCAUGUUGAUAUGUGUCAUAUUAGAUAUCCCCAGCUUAGAGUUUCAGUGGGAAAUUUAAGAUCCAGAUGAAUGAAGUGACAGAUGCACUCAUCUGUGACCUUACAGACACUCUUCUGAUACAAGCUGAAGACUAACUGAAGACAGCAUCCUGGGUUACAGAAGAAAAACAAAUGUUAAGCUCUUGAGAAAAGAACUGGACAAAAGCCGAAUGGUCCAGAACAAGAAGAUGUCUUUUCCAAUUAUGAGUGCACCCCCUUUCCACCAAAGGCUGGGAGCCUCUUGAGGGCACACACCUUUCAUCUUGAGCAGCCUCUCAAGAAAAGAUGGUAAAAUAAGAUAGAGAUACCGAAGUUUUUUUGGAGAAAAGACACACUACAAUGGAAAUCCUGUAUGAAUGUGGAAGCCAUUAGCAGAGUAAUUGCUGUAUGUUACCAUGACAACCAGCCGCUGCAGUCACCUGCCCGAAGUCCUGCCAGACUGCACCAGCUCGGCUGUGCCCGUGGUGAAGACCGUGGAGGAUUGUGGCAGCCUAGUGAAUGGGCAGCCACAGUAUGUCAUGCAAGUUUCGGCCAAAGACGGGCAGCUGCUGUCAACGGUAGUGCGGACUCUUGCCACCCAGAGCCCCUUCAACGAUCGACCGAUGUGCAGGAUCUGCCACGAAGGCAGCAGCCAAGAGGACUUGCUCUCUCCAUGUGAAUGUACGGGGACCUUGGGGACAAUUCAUCGGAGCUGUCUAGAGCACUGGCUGUCGUCCUCAAACACCAGCUACUGUGAACUCUGCCACUUCAGGUUUGCAGUCGAGCGCAAACCCAGGCCGUUAGUGGAGUGGCUCAAAAACCCAGGCCCCCAGCAUGAGAAGCGGACUCUGUUUGGAGACAUGGUGUGCUUCUUGUUUAUAACGCCCCUAGCCACCAUCUCGGGCUGGCUCUGCCUGCGGGGCGCCGUGGACCACCUGCACUUUAGUAGUCGGCUCGAAGCCGUUGGACUGAUUGCACUCACUGUCGCACUCUUCACUAUUUACCUCUUUUGGACACUAGUCAUGCUGAGACAGGCGCAAGGUGCUGUGGACGCUCGUGGGAAGUGGUACCCGUCUCAGUCUGUGACUCAGGAAGAGCCUAUCAGGUGUCAUUUAGGUACCACUGUCGAUUGUACAAUGAAUGGCGUCGGACCAAUCAGAGGGUGAUUCUCCUCAUUCCAAAGUCUGUCAACGUACCUUCUAACCAGCAGUCCUUGCUGGGCCUCCAUACAGUCAAGAGGAACUCAAAGGAGACAAUUGUUUGAUGCUUGUGUGGGUGGUUGAUUGAUUAGUUGUUUGGGGUCUGGAAGUUUCUGCACGGGGGCCAUGAACUGAGCCAACCCUAAUCCCUUCCUUAAGGCUGUGGGUCUAGAAACAGCCAGAGUUGUGUUAGCACAUUGCCCCGAGCAACGAACUCUGCUGGAAGAAAGCAGAUGCUGUUUUACUUCAAAUCAUGGAUGCUGCAAUCAUAUGAUAUUUGCUAAGCUGCCAAACAUGUUUAUUUAGCAGAUACUGUAUGGAAUUUUCUGAACACCUCUUUAACAUAUGAGGAAGGUGGUCCUGCUAAGGACGAAAUUCUUCCUUUUUUAUUACUAUUUCAAAUAUAUAUAUAUAUUAAACUUAGACAUAAUCAAAAUUGAAAAGCCAAUGUAAAAACUGGUUUCUUGGUUUGGAUGGGUUUUGUUUUGCCUGGUUUCUACUGUAUAUUCGUCGGGGCAAGUUGAUAGUUUGAGUGGUCUUUUUCACCUCUCACGUCUCUCAAGCAGACAGCAUACCGACUUCAGAACAAGUCAGACUGGAAGGAUGUUUUGUACUAAACCUCAGUUAAUUAUUCCGUUUGUAAAGGAAAAAGAGUGGCAGCUCGCCACACAGUGAGCUGUUUAUUUAAACACCCAUUAAAGAGGGGAAAAUUCUGGUGAGAAGCAAGCUUCUUUCAACUUGUUUAGUACUGACAGCUGAUAGAAGCUAUUUUCUAAUAAUAAAUAUACAGUGUGUGAAAGACAAAAACCCCACUGAUUGCAAUACUGUUUUUUUAUCGUAAGACCUGCAAAGUUUCCCAAAGUAGCUUUGAAAACAAGAAGAAAAAGGUUGGUGUUCUUACUCCCAUCUCAUUUCAUACAUGUCUUAAUUCUGCAUUUGUAAUAAACUGGGGGAUCAUUAGACAUUUCUAGGAACUCGGGACCUGUUUUGCAUAUCAAUUAGCAUUCCCAUUGCUCUACUGAAUUUCUAGCCUGACAGGUAGAUGU